GUAUUUCAAAUUUAGCAACACGUUCCAUAUACAAACAAAUCCACAACAUCAGCACGUGCAUUAUUUCGAGAGUCCGUUGAAAAAUUGCAGUAACGGGUUCACUGCAAUCGUCGUGUGCGUAAGCGUAAUAACCUGUCCUUGCCGAAUGCUUCCGACUGUUCCUGUCACAUCAGGAAAAGAUACACUUUUCAGUUGAAAUCAAUCGGUUGCCGGAACUAAAUCAUUCCAGUAUGUUCUACGUAAUCGGGCUCGGUUUGGGUGAUCCCAAGGAUAUUACCGUGAAAGGCUUAGAGAUCGUUCGGCGGUGCAAACGUGUAUAUCUGGAAUCAUACACGUCAAUUCUCACGUGUGGACAGGAAAAACUGGAAGAAUUCUACGGUCGCGACAUUAUCAUUGCGGACCGUGAACUGGUGGAACAAGGUUCCGAUUCAAUUCUUGCCAAUGCAGAACAUGACGAAAUUGCGUUCCUAGUGGUCGGAGAUCCGUUCGGUGCUACAACUCAUACGGAUUUGCUACUGCGAGCAAAAGAAAUGAAAAUCCCUUCGCUUGUGAUUCACAAUGCAUCAAUAAUGAACGCAGUAGGCUGCUGCGGACUUCAGUUAUAUCACUUCGGAGAAACGGUGUCCAUCCCGUACUGGACAGACAACUUUCGUCCCACUAGUUUCUAUGAUAAGAUUCUAUCUAACGUCGAACACGGCCUCCAUACGCUUUGUCUUUUGGACAUCCGGGUGAAUGAACCAACGUUGGAGUCGUUGACGAAAAAGAUCCGGGAGUAUGAACCAACGCGUUACAUGAGUUGUAGCGAAGCAGCCGAUAAGCUGCUUCAGCUGGUUCAAAAGCACAAGAACAAGUGCAAAACGGAACUAUCGGAGCGGACUGUGGUAGUGGGGCUGGCUCGUAUUGGCCACGAGUCGCAACAGAUUAAGGCCUGUUCUUUGAAAGAACUUAAGAAAACGGAUCUCGGAGGGCCUUUACAUUCCCUUAUCAUUCCGGCACCGCAAUUGCAUCCAAUGGAAGCAAAAUAUCUGCAGCAGUUUUGCGAUGAAGAUUUGGACAAGCUGCUGAAGAAAGCGAACCGAGAGGAACCGAACAACAUAUUUAAACUGGAAACGACACUGGAUAGUGCUUCCACGGGGAACUCGAACAAUUGACCUGUUUUGUUAGAUUUUUUUUAUACGUUUAAAAAACAAACUUUGUAUCCGUUUUAGAAACGUUUGUUGAACGAAAAGCCAAAAUAAAUGUUUUUUUUCCACA